AUGCUGGAGGUCAUAGGAAAAGUGUGGGAGGACCAGGUCGAAGAUGCUGCCAACAAGAAGAUCAAGAUGGCUGAAAGAAAACGGAGGCAGGCGCUGCAAAAGCAGAGCAAGACGAAAAACCCGAGAAUAGCCGAGCAGAUCGAGAUACCGACUAUCCCGAACCGUGAUGAGCUCCUCGACAAGGACAUGCCCGACAGCUUUCUCCCUCCGUACUGCUUUACGUGGCUGUUGUACGGACCGCUGGCCGCAAACCCGGAAGAGGACAUAUCGUUCACGGCCUCCAACGGCCCUGACGUUCAAGGGGUGGGCAGCGGAGGCCUCAGCGACGACUCCUACGAGGAGCUCAACAACUACGGCGACGACGACAACGACGAC